UUUUUUUUGUGUUUUUUGCUAUGCGUGGCGCACAGCCUGCUUGCAACGUGUUCUCCAAAAAUAUUUUGUUGUAGUGAAUUAAUUGAUAGAAUUUUAUCAAAGAUGAUCAGUUCAGACAGAAAGGGAACUUUCAAAGUAGAGUUCCUUCAGGAGAUUGAGAAAAAAGUACAAGAGCGAUGGGAUAAGGAGAAGAUCUUUGAAGUGGAGGCUCCUGUUGAUGGAAAACAUCAUGAAAAAUUCAUGUGUACUUUUCCUUAUCCUUACAUGAAUGGCCGUUUACAUUUAGGACAUACAUUUUCCUUAUCAAAAUGUGAAUUUGCUGCAAGGUACUACAGGUUAAAGGGUAGAAUGACAUUAUUUCCCUUUGGAUUCCACUGCACAGGGAUGCCUAUUAAAGCCUGUGCAGACAAACUCAAGAGGGAGAUGGAACUGUAUGGUUGUCCACCAAUUUUCCCUGAGGAGGAAGAAGUAUCUGUAAUAGAAGAUGGUGAUAUUGUACCAAAAGAUAAAAGCAAAGGAAAGAAAAGUAAAGCUGUUAAUAAAAAUCUAGCUGCUAAGUACCAGUGGCAAAUAAUGAGAAGCAUUGGGAUCCCUGAAGAUGAAAUCAAAGAGUUUGCGAAUGAAAGUUAUUGGCUAGAAUAUUUUCCACCAAGAGCUGUUGCUGAUUUGAAAAAAAUGGGUAUUCAUGUUGAUUGGCGUCGUAAGUUUAUAACAACUGAUGCAAACCCAUUUUAUGAUUCUUUUGUUAGGUGGCAAUUUAACCACUUAAAAGAACGUAACAAAAUUAUGUAUGGUAAAAGGUAUACAAUUUUCACACCAUUAGAUAAGCAACCAUGUAUGGACCAUGACAGAAGUACUGGUGAAGGGGCUGGGCCUCAAGAGUAUACACUUAUUAAAAUGGAAGUACUGAAUCCUUUUCCACAGGCACUCAAAUCUUUAAAAGGAAAAAAAGUUAAUCUUGUUGCUGCUACUCUAAGGCCUGAGACAAUGUAUGGUCAAACUAACUGCUGGAUACACCCUGAUAUAAAAUAUAUUGCUUUUGAAACACUUAAAGAUGGUAUUUUCAUUUCCACAAGACGCGCUGCAAGAAACAUGGCAUGGCAAGAUUUCACAGAAAAAGAAGGAGAGUUUAAAAUAUUAUUAGAAAUUGUAGGCCAAGACCUUCUCGGGACAGCAGUGAAAUCUCCAUUUACUUGUUACCAAAAGAUUUACUGUUUACCCAUGUUAACAAUAAAAGAGGACAAAGGUACUGGCAUUGUAACAAGUGUGCCAUCAGAUUCACCUGAUGACUAUGCAGCACUUGUAGAUCUUCAAAAGAAACCUGCUUUUAGAGAGAAAUAUGGUAUUAAGGAUGAAAUGAUUUUACCAUUCAAUCCAGUUCCUAUACUUGAAAUCCCAGAAUUUGGCAACCUUUCAGCUGUCCAUGUGUACAAUGAACUUAAAAUACAAAGUCAAAAUGAUAGAGAAAAGUUACUACAAGCAAAAGAAAUGGUUUACCUAAAAGGGUUUUAUGAUGGUGUUUUACUAGUUGGUGAAUUUAAAGGCAGCAAGAUCCAAGAUGUGAAGAAGAACUUGCAGUCUAAACUUAUUGAAGAGAAAAGUGCUGUAAUUUAUUAUGAACCUGAGAAGACCAUAAUAGCACGGUCAGGUGAUGAAUGUGUCGUAGCACUUUGUAAUCAAUGGUAUCUUGACUAUGGAAAUGAAGAAUGGAAGAGUAAAGUAGAAAAAGCUUUAGGUGCAAUCAACACAUACCAUGAUGAAGUCAGAAAAAACUUUCAAGCCACCCUUAAGUGGCUCCACGAAUAUGCAUGUUCUAGAACAUAUGGUCUUGGAACCAAACUGCCCUGGGAUACGCAGUGGGUAAUUGAGUCAUUAUCGGAUUCUACAAUUUAUAAUGCCUACUAUUCCAUAUCACAUUUUUUACAAGGCAAUACCUUCAGAGGGAAUAAAGAAAAUGCACUUAAGAUUAAACCAGAAGAAAUGACAGAUGAAGUUUGGGAUUAUAUUUUUUUCAAAGAUGCAGUUUACCCAAAAAGUACAAAGAUAGCAAAGAAAUCUUUAGAACUUAUGAGAAACUCUUUUCAAUUUUGGUAUCCAGUUGAUUUGAGGGUUUCAGGCAAAGACUUGAUUCAAAAUCACCUAACCUUUUAUGUGUAUAAUCAUUGUGCUAUGUGGCCAAAUGAGGAAGAUAAAUGGCCUAAAGGCAUCAGAGCUAACGGUCUGUUGAUGCUGAACUCAGCGAAAAUGUCAAAAUCCGAUGGAAACUUCUUGACACUGACCGAAUCGAUUGAGAAGUUCAGCGCCGACGGUAUGCGUCUGACUUUAGCCGACGCUGGAGACUCUGUAGAAGACGCCAAUUUCGUAGAGAGCACUGCAGAUGCUGCAAUCCUGAGACUUUAUACUUUCAUUGAGUGGGUAAAGGAAAUCAUCGCUUCCAAGUCCAAUUUAAGGCAAGGAGAAUUCAAUUUCUAUGAUCGAGUCUUUAUCAGUGAAAUGAACAUGAAGAUCCUUGAGACGGACGACAACUACAGCAAGUUGCUAUUCAAGGAGGCCUUGAAGACAGGCGUAUUCGAACUGCAGGCGGCGCGGGAUAAAUACCGGGAGCUUUGUUCCGAGGACGGAAUGCACGCGGCCCUCGUCACGCGGUACAUAGAGACGCAGGCCAAAAUUAUGUCGCCCAUCUGUCCUCAUGUAGCCGAGCAUGUAUGGGAGCUGUUAGGAAAUCAAAAAAGCAUCCUGCAUGAAAAAUGGCCAGUAGCAGGCGAGAUAGACGAGAAUGCUGUGAAAGCUAGUAAUUAUCUGAUGGAUGCCGCCCAUUCCUUCCGAAUUCAUCUGAAGAACCACUGCGCCGUCAGGAAGUCCAAGAAAGGGGAGGCACCAAAGCCGGAGAGAAAGCCUAACAGAGCUGUCAUUUGGGUCGCCAAGGAAUACCCCAAGUGGCAACACAUCAUACUGUCAACAUUGAAGGAGCUCAAUAGUGCAUCGGGGCUGCCCGACAACAAGACUAUAUCCAGUAAACUGGGGGCAAUCCCGGAGUUGAAGAAGUACAUGAAGAGAGUGAUGCCGUUCGUGCAGACGACCAAAGAGAAUAUGGAACGAAUAGGCGCGGAGGCUUUAUCUGUGGCCCUGCCCUUUGAUGAAGCCGUCAUUCUACUCGACAAUAAGCAGUACUUACUUAGCACUUUGGAUCUGGAUACGAUUGAAGUGAAAUACACCGAUGAUCCGGAGGCAUCGGAGAAGUCUCGCGAGGAUUGCGCUCCCGGCGCGCCCCAUAUCAACUUCUACGCGGAUCCGGGGGUGGAUGUCACCGUUAUAAACCCGACGCCACUCAACGGACUGUUCUCAGUCACCGUAGGCGUCUCCAACGGUGACACCGUGGAGAAGAUUAAAACGAAAAUCGUUAAGGAAAUCAAAGCUAUAAAAGAUGUGAGCUGUCUGAAAGUAUGGCGAUAUAGUGAUCCAGUGCUAGGUCCAAGGAAGAUACCUAUUUCUGGUGACCACGAAACCAAAUGUAUUGUUUUGGAAAAUGCAGCAGUAUUAAAAGUUGAUGUUGACACUAGCAAAGUGGAACUAGUCAGUAACGGAAAAAAUAUAGAUCUGGGAAGACAAAUGGUGUAUACUUAUGAAAAGUAAGACUUUUCAUAUUUGCUCUAUAUUUAAAG